AUGAAAUAGAACAANGAAGAUCCAAUGACUACUGUAUUUAUCAUUAUAUUAUAAACCAUGGAAUAAAUAUUUUCGAAAGAUGUUAAUUAUUAUAAAAUAUUUAAGGAUAUCAUAUAAAAAUUAAAAAUUGCCUAAGAUCAAGUAAAAUGUGGCAAUUUGGCAGUUGGUUCAGAAUGCAUUAAAGCCAUUAUGACAGAUCCAGAAAGAACAGAUGAUGAAGUAGAAUAGUAUACUACUAUAUAUAAUAAUGCAUGUUAUUAUUAUAAUCAAUUGUAAUAAGGUUGA